AUGGCUCUCAGCACGCUCAUGCUGCUCUGCGCGCAUCUCUAUCUGGUCGACUUCUGUCCCGGCGGAAGCGCUGCUCUCAGCUGGCUGCCUCGCGUCACCACCGUCCUUCUGGCCAUUCCGGAUCGCUUCAUCAUCAUUUCAAUUGCCGGUGCAUUCCUUGUGUGGUGCUACAUGAUCACUCCGGAGCCGAUCGGAGUUCUCGCAAAGCGCAUGAAGAGUAUUGUCGUGGGCUACGAUAAGAACAACAACCAAAAUACAAUCGCAUUUGUUCCUCCCAAGGGCUUCAGCAGCGAGCGAGAUGUCAUCAAGCAACAUGAUCGUGUGCUAGCAGAGAAAGUGAGAGUGAAUGGUCCCAAGUACCAGCUCCACACGUAA